UAUGAUUUUUUUUAACGAGAAUUAUUUUAUCGCAAUGAUAAAUUACAAUUCCUAAUGGAUAGUUCUUGGCAUUUGUUCUCAUUUUUAGAAAAAUUAUAAAUUUUAAUAAAUAUAUGUUUAUCUUUGGAAUUAGUCUAACUUUCACUUCGUGGCAUUCUAUCUGAACAGUGAAUGUAACAGGUGGUGUUGCAUAUGUGUCAAUUUUGUUUGUUUUCAUAAAAGAAAAAUAAAUAAUGGAAUCAUCAAAAUUGGAACAUAUUCUUAAUACGGAAUAUGGCAAAAAGUACAAUGGUCAUGUUCAAUAUGGAACUGCCGGUUUCAGAACAAAAGCAGAUAUUCUUGGGCAUGUCCUCUAUAGAGUAGGACUUUUAGCAGUGUUAAGAUCUAAGGUCAAAAAAGCUGCAAUUGGUAUAAUGAUUACGGCAAGUCAUAAUGUUGAAUCUGACAAUGGUGUGAAACUUGUAGACCCAGCUGGUGAAAUGUUAGAAGUAUCUUGGGAAUCUAUUGCUACCAAUUUAGCUAAUGUAGAAGAUUCAAAUUUGAUUUCUAAAGUAGAACAAAUUAUAAAAGAACAAAAUAUUGAUAUGUCUACGAAUGCAACUAUAAUAAUUGGUAGGGACACUAGAAAAAGUAGCCCUAUGUUAUUAACUGCUGCUAUUGCAGGAAUUCAGGCUCUAAAUGGAAUUGUAAAAGAUUUUGGUGUAAUUACAACUCCUCAAUUGCAUUAUCUUGUUGCAUGUACAAACUCUAAUGGCAGUUAUGGUGAACCUACAUUACAUGGUUAUUAUGAAAAAUUAUCAAAAUCAUUUAAAUAUAUAAGACAAAAUAAGGUUAAUAAUGGACAGUAUGUAGCAGAAGUAUCAUUAGAUGCAGCUAAUGGUGUUGGUGCUAUUGCUGUAAAAGAGUUUCAGAAAUAUUUAGACUCAACAAUUAUCCACAUAUACAAUGAUGGACAUGGAAAAUUAAAUCACAUGUGUGGAGCUGAUUAUGUUAAAGUAAAACAGGCGCCACCUAUAAAUUUUGAUCUUAAACCGAAUGCUAGAUGUGUAUCUAUAGAUGGUGAUGCAGACAGAAUAAUUUACUUUUAUCUAGAUGAAAAUAGUGAAUUUCAUCUUUUGGAUGGUGAUAGAAUAGCAACACUUGUUGCUGGGUAUUUCAAAGAACUUUUAGAAGAAAGUCGUUUAUUAUUUCAACUUGGUGUAGUACAAACAGCAUACGCUAACGGUGGUUCUACCGAUUACAUUUCGAAUUUACUGCAAAUCCCAAUUGCGUGUGUAUCAACUGGUGUAAAAUAUCUGCACAAAAAAGCAUUAGAAUUUGACAUAGGGAUAUAUUUUGAAGCAAAUGGGCAUGGUACUGUGCUUUUCAAAAAUACUGUCGUUCAAACACUUAAAACUGUUGCUAAAAAUUUGGAAUUAUCUGCAACUGAAAGAGCAGCUGCUUCUAAGUUAGCAAAUAUGAGUGAUAUGAUAAAUCAAACAGUUGGUGAUGCUUUUAGCGACAUGUUACUGGUAGAAACAAUUUUACAUGCAAAAGGUUGGAGUAUAAUAGAUUGGGAAAGAAAUUACAAAGAUUUGCCAAACAAACAAUUGAUAGUAAAAGUUAGAGAUAAAAAUGUUGUAACAACAACCAAUGCAGAAAGACGAUGUGUAACACCUGAAGGAUUGCAAAAUGAAAUUGAUAGAGUAGUGUCACAGUAUAAGAAAGGUCGUGCAUUUGUCAGGCCAUCUGGAACUGAAGAUGUAGUAAGAGUAUAUGCAGAAUGUGAAAAUCUGACUGAUCUUAACAGACUGAUUAUAGAUGUAGCAUUAUUAGUCUACAAUCAUGCUGGUGGAAUAGGUCCUGAACCUCAACUUGCACAAUAACAAGCAUUCCUUCAAUAUUCCUAUUUUGUAUAAGCUACAUUUAUUUUUACAUACAGAGUAUUAAAUAUAAUUUAUACAGACUGUACUAUAAUGAAUACAAGGUGCUAAAAAAAUUCCUGCAAUUUUUCUAUCCAUGUAUACAACUGCCAUAUAAAUGAAUAAAUA